CGGCCCCGCCCCCGGUAAGAUGGCCGAGUCCGGCAGCGGCGAGUUCCAGGCCGAGCGGCGGAACAGCAUGGCCACGAGGAGCAUUGCCCUGCGCCACACCUUCUCAGCCCCAGGGCACAGUGCCAGCCUCCUGCUGGGCCUGUCGGCACUCCGUGCCCACGAGCAGCUCCUGGACGUGGUGCUAAUGGUGAACGCGGUGAUGUUCCGGGUACACCGUGCGGUGCUGGCCGCCUGCAGUGAUUAUUUCCGAGCGAUGUUCACUGGAGGAAUGCGGGAAAGCGGCCAGGAUGUCAUUGAGUUGAAAGGAGUGUCGGCCAGGGGUCUGAAGCACAUCAUUGACUUUGCCUACAGCGCCGAGGUGACGCUGGACCUCGACUGCAUACAAGACGUGCUGGGGGCUGCUGUCUUCCUGCAGAUUGUGCCCGUGGUCGAACUGUGUGAGCAGUUCCUAAAGACGGCCAUGAGUGUGGAGACCUGCCUCAACAUUGGCCAGAUGGCCACCACCUUCAGCCUCUCCUCCCUGAAGGAGUCCGUGGACGCCUUCACCUUUGCCCACUUUCUGCAAAUCGUGGAGGAAGAGGACUUCCUGCACCUCCCCCUCGAGCGACUGGCCUUCUUCCUGGAGAGCAACAAGCUGACGAACUGCGGCGAGGUCGACCUGUUCCGCGCCGCCAUCAGGUGGCUGCAGUACGAGGAGGCGCGAAAGGCCAGCGCCGGCCUGGUCCUCCGCCACAUCCGCUUCCCUCUGAUGAAGUCCACCGAGCUGGUAGACAGCGUCCAGACCCAGAGCUUGAUGCUGGACGACCCCAUGUGUCGCCAGUACCUGCUCGAAGCCUUUAAUUACCAGAUCCUGCCGUUCCGACAGCACGAGAUGCAGUCGGCCCGAACCACGAUCCGCUCCGACACCCUCUCCCUGGUGGCCUUCGGUGGCACCCCGUACACGGACAACGACAGGACCGUCAGCCGCAAGGUCUUCGUCCUCGCAGACGGCAACACCCGGCAGUUCACGGAGCGGUCCGAGAUGGAGGUGGGGUGCAGUCACGCCUGCGUGGCCGUCCUGGACAACUUUGUGUACGUGGUGGGAGGUCAGCACCUGCAGUACCGCAGCGGCGAGGGGGCGGUCAGCUGGUGCUUCCGCUACGACCCCCACCUCAGUCACUGGCUGCGCAUUUGCGCCAUGCACGAGGCCCGCAUCCAGUUCCAGCUGGGCGUGCUGCAGGGGAUGCUGUUCGCCACCGGAGGCCGCAACCGCACCGGGAGCCUCGCCACGGUCGAGCGUUACUCCCCGCGGCAGAACGAGUGGACCGUCGUGUGUUGCUUGAAACGGCGGACGUGGGGGCACGCGGGCACAACCAGCGCGGGGAACCUCUACAUCUCCGGGGGCUACGGUAUUACUAUCGAAGACAAGAAAUCUCUCCACUGCUACAGUCCCAAGACGGACGUCUGGGAACAAAAGACUCCAAUGAAUGAGCCACGGGUCCUCCACUCCAUGGUCGGGGCCAACGGCAGGAUCUACGCACUAGGUGGCCGGAUGGACCACGUCGACCACUGCUUUGACGUCCUGGCCGUUGAAUAUUACAUCCCCGAGACCGACCAAUGGACUACAGUCAGUCCAAUGAGGACAGGCCAGUCGGAAGCUGGCUGCUGUGUGCUACACAGAAAGAUCUACGUGGUGGGAGGGUACAACUGGCACUUGAACAACGUGACCAGCGUGGUGCAGGUUUAUAACAUUGGCACCGAUGAGUGGGAGAGGGACCUGCAUUUCCCCGAAUCCUUUGCGGGCAUCGCCUGCUCUCCUAUCAUCCUUCCACAGCUUCCGCCACAGAGGUAGUGAUGAGAAUGCUCCUGGAUUGACCCAGAAGGGGGAAUUGACCGGAAUGGGGACUGGGAC